AUGUUAUUUCGAAAAGAUCCGUGCGGAAUAAUAUGUAUUAUAAUGACAUAUGCAAUGCUUUUACAUUGUCUGUAUGCUGUUUUAUUUGUUAUUAUUAUACCAUUAUUGAAUGAAAGUUUAUAUGGCACAUUAAAUGCGUUAAUCGUGUCUACAUUUGUUUUUCUAUCGAUAUUUUCACAUGGUCGUGCUGCAUAUUUUGAUCCCGGUUUUGUACCUUUACCAAAAAACGGAAUUGAUUUUUCCGAUGUAAAACCGAAUGAAAAUAAUAAACAGAAUGGUGAAGGUUGGACGAUUUGUAAUCGAUGUGAUACAUACAGACCUGCUCGAUCUCAUCAUUGCAGAAUUUGCAAACGAUGUGUUCGAAAGUUAGAUCAUCAUUGUCCUUGGAUUAAUAACUGUGUUGGUGAAUUCAAUCAAAAAUAUUUUAUUUUAUUUCUUUUUUAUAUCGGAGUUACUAGUAUCUAUGUAUUAUCAUUUAUACUUUGGUCAUUAAUUGUUUUUCCGCAUAAAACUGAUGCUCAAGUAAUACAUUCCAUAAUACUUUGUAUUGAAUCAAUUUUAUUUGGUUUAUUUGUUGUUGCAAUUUUUAUCGAUCAAGUUCAGUCAAUAACAAAUGAUCGAAGUAUCAUUGAUGUAUUAAAAGCAGAUGAAAAUUCUCGUUCAUCACCACAAACAUUACCACCUGCAAAAGUUUUAUUUCGAAAAGUUUUUGGUCCUGGACCUAUGAUUUUAUGGUUAUUACCAUGUGAUCUAAAGAAAUCUAAUCAAAUAAGUGAUUCACAAGACAUGUAUCAUGUGUAG